AGAAACCGGACACUCAUUAGUCGGAAGCCUGUAUCGUCCUUGGAAGCUAACCUGACCUCAUUUCAAGGUCGUGUUACUUUAGCUGUGACUAUGAUCGUCCGGAUUCAGGCUCCUUCAGGGACGAAGAAGUUUGACGUCUCUGGAUCGGAUAGGUUCGGGAGACUGUUAAAGUCAGCUGAAGAAGAAUUCGCCUUUAAUUCCUCCGUUAAGUGGUAUCUGUCUACCACACGGGAUGGCUCUGGUAGAAUUAGGUCAUCCUUAAAUACUUCACUCUCCAGUCUUGGUCUGAAACAUGGCGACAUGCUGUUUGUCAUUUAUGAAGACCGCCCGCAGCGUUUACUUUCACCCGGGGACACGCGCACCGAAGAAAAUGAUACGAAUGUCUCAUCAAAAAGCUUAUUCCUUGGUCGGCCAGCCAUUGUUGAAGACAAAAUCGACCAGGAAUUGGCUAAAAUGGACGGCCAGAUCAAGCGCAAACGAAAUGAACAAUUAUGCCAUCAUCCGCCAUCUGGACAAUGUAUCCACUGCGUUCCUUUGGAGCCAUAUGAUGCAGCCUACUUGGAACACUUGGAUCCCCCAGUGAAGUUCAUGUCAUUCCAUGCUUACUUACGCAAAUUGAGCGGCGGUCAAGGCAAAGGCAAAUUUGUCACUUUAGAGAAUUUGAGCUGUCGCAUUCGUCCUGGUUGUCGUGAGCAUCCACCCUGGCCAGAUGGGAUUUGUACCAAGUGCCAACCUAAUCCAGUCACUCUUGAAAUCCAGCCGUACCGCCAUGUUGAUUUUGUGCAGUUCGAAAAUGGUCAGCUGAUGGAAACGUUCCUGGACUUUUGGCGUCAGACAGGUCGUCAACGAAUCGGAAUAAUGCUCGGUCGCUAUGCUCACUUCGACACUGCUGGUGCCCCUCCGCUGGCCAUCAAGGCGGUAGUUGCUGCGAUUUACGAGCCACCUCAGGAGUCGACCGCACGGUCCGUGAAACUCACAGUGCCUUUGGAUUCUCUGCUUCCGAGUCACGUUUCCGAAGUGGUCACUCGACUCGAAUUGAAGCCAGUUGGAUGGAUUUUCACAGAUUUGGUGGCCGAGGACCAGCCCGGUAAAGGUGCUGUGAAGCACUAUCGAGGCACAAUGGACACAUUCUUCUUGAGCGCUGAGGAAUGCGUCACCGCGGCUCAUCUUCAGAAUCUGUUCCCGAAUGUGUGCCCCUUCAGUCCAGAUGGCUGUUUCGGCUCCAAGUUCGUCACAGUUGUGGUCACUGGGGAUUCAUCAAAUGAGAUCCAUUUCGAGGCGUAUCAGGUCACCAAUCAGGCUAUGGCCCUAGCACGCGAUAACAUUUUAGUGCCCACAUAUGAUGCACCCGAAUUCGGAUACAUCCGGGAGACCACGAAGGAACAAUUUGUCCCCGAGGUUUUCUACACUAUGAAGGACAAGUACGGAAACCGCGUGACUCGCGUCGCCCGACCUCUACCAGUUGAAUACCUUCUUAUUGACAUGCCCUCGGCAUUCCCCAUCGAGCCUGUCUAUUCUAUGGCCAAAAUACCCUCAGAUAUUCCUGUUGAUUACCGGUUCCCUGUGGAGAAUCGGGAACAUUUGGGUCAAAUUCAGGACUUUCCUGCCUUCGCUCGAUAUCUGAACGCCUUCGAGUCACGUCAACUCUAUGGGUGUCUCGCAAACUUCCAUCUGUUGGCAUGGCUUGCUGGCAACGACAGUUUGCCCCUACGCUUGACCGAUCCAUCUGACUGUGAUCCACAUGGACUAUCUGGUUUGCUCUCUGCUGUUCUGGAAGCCUACCAUUCUACCUCCCUCUCACCUGCUGAACGAUUAAGCAUAGCCGAAGCGGCAGUCACUAAAUGGUCUUCAGAAUCCCCUGCAUGGGCUACCAUCCAGGAACUGGCAAAAGCUGUAUCGGGUGAAUUGACGCCGAGUCCACGUGUGCCCGCACCUCAGCCACGCUCCGACGCGCACACGAUGCCUAUCCUCCCCAGUUCACUCAACCAACUGGAUUCUGGUACACCCACGCGUCCUGCCAACGAAACCGACUUCUGGGCCUGUGCCCAUUGUACUUUCCACAAUCGGCUGACUUCGACAGAGUGCGAAAUGUGCGGACUUCCACAAGAAGCUUGAUCUUCAUUCGUUUCAUGUAUCUGUGUCUCGUUCAGGCCCCCCUCGUAUCCGCACAUCUGCCUAGGGCUAAUCAAUGCCUGUUCUUUCUAUCUUGCACCUAUAUUUUACGACAUUUUGUUUCCCAUUCCGAAGAUCGAACUGUUUGUUUACUCCGUACUUUUCGUGGACGUUCUGUUCUCCAACUCAAACAAACUAGUCUCACGAAAUACAAUAAUUGGUGAUUCCUCUG